AUGGAGAUUGAUGAUGUUGACUGGAGUACUGAAUAUGAUGGCGAAACGUUCGAAGUAGUAACUAAAGGUGAGACAAUUGUUGGCUGUCAUUGGCGUGUAAAAGAAGGCCCAACUAAGUAUGUAAUAAUUUAUAUGCACGGCCUUUGCUCUGCUGUUUGCUUUAAUGCAAACGUUAUGCGCGUAUUUGCUGGGCAUGGUGGUGCUGCGAUUGCUGCUGAUCAUCGUGGACACGGACGAAGUCCAGGUGCAAGAACACAAACUACAGUUCCUCAAGUAAUAGAGGGUAUCGAACAACAGAUUGCUUAUGCAAGUUCUCAAUAUCCAGAUAUUCCGAUUUACUUGUUUGGGCACUCCUUCGGUGGUUUGGCGACUUUAUGUUUUAUGACUUCUAAGUCAGAAUUUAUCAAUAAGGUAAAAGGAGUCAUUGUAACUGGACCAUGGUUAAGAGCUUAUGCUUAUCCAAAUCCUUCCUUCUUACUACGUAUGGGUUUGAAAGUUGGAUCUUGGGUUUUACCUUUUGUCGGAAUCCCUACAGGCCUUGAUGUAAGUAAAUCACCAUAUCCUGAUGGAUACAAGAAGGCUGUUAUGGAAUCUCCCCAUAUGCAAGUUAAAGCUUCACCCGUUAUUUUGAAUUCUUUUGUUCAACAUAUGGAUUACAUUCAACAGAGCGCACAUUUAUAUCCACCCGAAGUUCCGUUAUUGUUCUUACAAGGAACUUCUGAUAAACUCGUCCACCCACCAACAAAUAAAGAAUGGGCUCAGUCAAUUCCAAAUUGCGAGUUCAUUGAAUACGAAGGAGGCCCACACGAUUUGAUGAAGUCGAAAUUCAGAGGCGAAAUCUAUAGAAAGAUCUUCCAUUUUAUUGGAAUCGAAUAA